GCGGGGGAAGAGUGGAGAGGUCGGAGCCGCCCCGCCCCGCCAGCUAGGUUGCGCGUGCUCCGUGCGACCGCCAAGAUGGUGGUGGGCGCGUUCCCGAUGGCGAAGCUGCUCUACUUGGGCAUCCGGCAGGUCAGUAAGCCGCUUGCCAACCGAAUUAAGGCGGCCGCUCGCCGCAGCGAGUUCUUCAAGACCUACAUCUGCCUUCCGCCGGCUCAGCUGUACCACUGGGUGGAGAUGCGGACCAAGAUGCGCAUCAUGGGCUUCCGCGGCACGGCCAUCAAACCGCUGAACGAGGAGGCGGCGGCCGAGCUGGGCGCCGAGCUGCUGGGCGAGGCCACCAUCUUCGUGGUGGGCGGCGGCUGCCUGGUGCUGGAGUACUGGCGCCAGCAGACGCAGCAGCACCGCAAGGAGGAGGAGCGGCUGGCGGCCUGGGAGGCGCUGCGGGUGGAGGUGGGCCGCCUGGGGCUGGCGCUGGAGACGCUGCAGGCGCAGGCGCGGGAGGCGGCGCCGCGGGCCGCGCUGGACGAGCUGCGGGCCGAGCUCCGGGAGGUGCAAGCCCACCUCGGCCACGCCCACCCAGCCCUAGCCGGAGAUGGUCAGGCCUGCAAAGGCCACGCCCACCGAGACCACGCCCUCCCCGCGGCCCAACCCCACACCGGGACUGAGAAGUAG